AAUAUUCGGCCAAAUUAGUCUCAUUGUAAAAUUACGGGCGGAAUGUGAUUUUCCUAGAAACCCAUCCGAAUUGAAUUGAAUUUACACAUUUCAUUAAGAAGGCACAAAAAGAUUUGAAAAAUAAAACACACAUUGCGAAAAUAUUUUGCCAAACAAAAAAUUCCGAGCAAAUGAGCAAAAAACAACACACACAAAGUUUGUGAGCGGUGAUUUUUGUUGUUGUUGUUUUUGUGAUAAACAAACAGACAAUGAUCCGAACCUAGGACAACAAUACAAUAAGCAACCCAGAUACAACGACGUCUCCUACAGCUUAUGUCUUGGAAAAUCCGAAAAUUCCCAAAAGAUACGAAGAUCGGUGGAAAUCACCAGUAUUAAAAAACAUCAUUCGCAAAGCAACCCCAAAAAAAGGAACACUUUCCUGCUUAAAGCACAAUCACACAUAUCCUGCAAACAACCUUAAAAAUACCACUCUAAAUAAAUUUAAAAUCGCCCGCACCUUCUCCUAGACCAAAAACAGCAACAAAAAUGCGCAUAUUAAUGUUGCGAAAAUUUUCAGAAUUUACACACAAAUACAAGAUAUUGCGUGGCAUGCUAGCCUAUGGCCUGCUGUGGCCUUGUGGUUCAUUGGCUGAGCAAACACUGAUCGAGAAACGGACAUUCCGCACAUAUGACUGGAAGAAAUGUCUUAAAUUCAGUUUAUUCGGUUGCUUCUUUAUGGGUCCCACAGUCUAUGCAUGGAUGCGUCUGGCCUCUAUCAUGUGGCCACGCACUGACAUCAAAUCGUCUUUUUGCAAAGCGAUUACAGAGCAAGCCGGCUACGAUCCAAUGGCCAUUAGUACAUUUCUCUUCACCAUGAGUCUGAUGGAGGGCAAAACGUAUGAGGAAGCCAAGCAUGAGGUCGCCACAAAAUUCCUAGAUGCCUAUCGCAUUGGUGUCAUCUAUUGGCCCUGUGUGCAGACGGUGAACUUUGCCCUGGUGCCAGUUCAAAAUCAGGUGGUAUUUACUUCGUUCUUCAGCAUGUGCUGGACAACAUUUUUGGCCUAUGUCAAAUACAUGGAAUUGCCCAAUGUCGAUGUGGAUCAUCACAUGGAGUUUCAUCUGGAUUUUCAUAUUUUGGAUUUCCAUGUACAUUUCUAAGGAUGAAAGAGUCAUGCAUAUCUAUAAACAUACAGGGACAACAGCAGCAGAGGCAUACAAACUAGCUUAAACUAAAAUGCGUUUUAUUAAAAUGUGUAUUUUCAACUAAUAAUUUUAAUAAUAAAUAAAGAAAUAAAAUUUAUUCUAAAUGACUGGAGAAAUAAAGCAAGGA